AAGCAAUAAAUUAUGAUUGUUAUGAUAAGCAAUAAAUUUAUUAAUAAAAAAUAACUGAAAAUAAUUUACCAAUACCACAACUAAACCGUCUUUACCAAAGACGAAAAAUCUGAUCCUUUCAAAUGUUUUCAUGAUUGGGAUUUGGCCAUCCUCCAGUUUUCCUUCUAUUCUUCGUGUUUAGGGUUAUAAUUGCUUGGAUUGCAUUUUCUCAAUAUGAAUAGCAUAAUACAAGGAUUGAUUGAAAUGUUUGAUACACAUAAUCCCAUUGUUCAAGUAUUCAGAUCAACAAGGGACCGAUUUAAAAAUUCAGACAAUGUUGAACUGGGCAUUCGUUUGAUUGGAAGGAGGGAAUCAGAUCCAAAGACCUAUGAAAGGCCAACGACUUCUGAAGUGGUAGCACUAAUAGUUCGGGACUUGGGGAAUUGUGAAGUUGGAAGAGAUGUAGUUGUUGAACAUAAAUACGAGGGACUAAAAAGAAUCACAGAGUUGCACCCACUUUUCAUGGCACUACAAUAUCCCAUUUUAUUCCCUUAUGGAGAAGACGGCUAUCAUGUUGGAAUUCCUUACCAUAAAAAUGAAGGAAAGCGCAAGACAAAAAGACAAACUCUAACAAUGACUGAAUAUUAUGGGUACAUCAUUCAAUUCAGGAGAAAUGAAGGAAACACAUUGAUACUAGGUGGGCGGCUAUUCCAACAAUUUGUGGUUGAUGCAUUCAUAGCAAUUGAAGAAGAGCAUCUACGAUAUGUUAGAAAUGAACAAGACAAAUGGAGAAUGGAACUUUACAAAAAUGUUUGUGACGUAAUCGUUAGAGGGGAUACAAUGGCAGAAUCUGUUGGGAAGCGCAUUAUAUUACCUUCAAGUUUUACAGGAAGCCCAAGAUACAUGAUACAAAAUUAUCAAGAUGCAAUGGCAAUUUGUAGAAGUUUGGGAUAUCCUGAUCUAUGCAUCACUUUCACAUCAAACGGAAAAUGGCCUAAGAUCAAAUACAUGCUCAACAAGAUACCUGGUCAAGAUGUUGAAAAUCGACCUGACAUUGAAGCACGAGUUUUCAAAUUAAAGCUUCAACAGCUAAUGAAAGACAUCACAGAAAAGAAAGCGUUUGGUACAGUUAUUGGAGGAUGUGAAGCUUGCUGGAGAAUCUUCCACUUUGAUAUACAUUACAGGAAUCCGUCAGUCAUGCGAUUGUUUUUCCACUUAAAAGAUGAGCAAAAGAUGGUAUUAAGAGAUUCUCAAAGUCUAACCGAGGCCAUCGAACAAGAAGGGGUCAAAGACACUAUGUUCACCAAAUGGAUGGAAAUGAAUGUAGAAAACAAGGAGGCUAGAUCAUUGACAUAUGCAGAAUUCCCAACAAAAUUUGUUUGGAAUGGAAAAGAAUGGACUAAAAGAAAGAGAGGUCGAACAAUUGGAAGAAUUACAUAUGCACACCCUACAUCUGGAGAAAGGUAUUACUUGCAUAUUCUAUUAAAUGUUAUUCGAGGACCUCGCACCUAUGAGGAGCUCAAAAAUGUGAAUGGCACACAACACACAACAUUCAAGCAGGCAUGCUAUGCUUUUGGAUUAAUUAGUGACGACAAAGAAUGGAAUGAUGCAAUUGAUGAAGCGAGACACUGGACGAUUGGACCUCAACUAAGAGAAUUGUUCAUUACAAUUCUACUUUUCUGUGAAGUAAAUGACCCAAUCCAAUUUUGGGAAGUCAAUUGCAAAACACUUUCAGAGGACAUACCAUUCAAAUUGGUACAUCAAUUCAAUUUCCCAAAUUUGAAAUUCACAGAAGACCAAAUCAAGAACUAUUGUCUGUUGGAGCUUGAAAGAAUGCAAAAUCGCAGUGGUAAAUCAUUGUCCGAUUAUAAUGGCAUGCCAUUACCAAACAUGAAUCUUUUAUUUGGAGCAGAUAAUAGGCUAAUCAAAGAAGAGCUCAAUUACGACAUUAGGAAGAUGAAAGCAGAUCAUGAUAACUUUUACAUCUCAUUAAAUAACCAGCAGAGAGAGAUAUACCACAGAAUACUUGAUGCAGUGGAGCAAAAGGAAGGAGGCAUCUUCUUUGUUUAUGGACAUGAAGGAAUAGGAAAGACAUUUUUGUACAAAACAAUACUAUCAAGACUGAGAUCUGAGAGAAAAAUAGCUUUGGCUGUGGCUUCGUCAGGUAUCGCAUCACUAUUGUUACUUGGAGGCAGAACAGCACACAGCUGAUUUGACAUCCCACUUAAGCUAUUUCAAAAUAGUACAUGUGGCAUAAGACAAAAUACAAAUUUAUCUCAAUU